AUGGUUCUGGACCAACCUGAAGAGCGCGGCUUGGCCUUUGUCGAGGAACGCUGGGGUGACCCCAAGGAGUGCCGCUUCCCGCUGUUCUCCUUCUUGAAGCCACUGUCCUUGGAAGGAAUGUACUGCGUUCACCUGAUCAUGCUUCUAGGUGCGGUUGGCAUCUGUACUGGGGCGUUCUUCAAGCAGAGCUGCCUGGCCUUCCUGCUUCCUUAUUGGUUCAUCUUCCUGCUAGAGAAGUCCAGGUGGAACAACCACACCUACCUCUACGGUCUAAUCGCUUUGCUGCUCAGCGUCACAGGAGCUAAUCGCCUCUGGUCAGUUGACAGCUGGAGAAAAAGCGGAAUCAAGAACACCGACAUUCCCAGAUGGAACUACGCACUUCUACGGUGCCAGGUGUUCCUCGUGUAUUUCAUCGCCGGGCUCAAGAAGACUGACCGCGAUUGGAUCGGAGGCCACUCUAUGGAAGGCCUGGGACGUCACUGGGUCUUUGAUCUGUUCAAGCUGGUAAUGACCGAAGAGCAGGUGGAUGCGUACGUAGUCCACUGGGGCGGAUUCCUGCUAGACCUUACCGUCGGCUUCUUCAUGGUUGCCUCGGCAGUGCGGCCCUUCGGAGUGCUUUUCUGCGUCCUCUUCAACGCCAUGAACUCCAGAAUGUUUGCAAUAGGAAUGUUCCCUUACGUGAUGAUUGUGCUCACGACCAUAUUCUUCGACUAUUCGUGGCCCAAGAAGGUCGCAGCCAUAUUGCCUGUGUACAUCCGGAAUAUGGUGCCGGAUCUUUCCGCUUCUCGGCGCGACUUCAGUAACUGUUGGUACCCUGGUCGAGGCAAGGCCAACAUCCGCAGCAGUGGCAGUCGAAAGGUCGAGCGUCAGCUACGCAGGUGGAAGAUGACGGCGUUCCUCGUCUGCCUGCACGUGGUCUUGCAGCUUUUCCUACCCUACUCGCACGGCAUCACGAAGGGCUACAACACGUGGACCGAGGGAAGCUACGGCUACUCCUGGGACAUGAUGGUCCACAACUGGAGGCCCGUGCACGUCAAGCUCGUGCUCUACGACAACGCCACGCACAGGGCCCACUUCAUCGAUCCUGAGAAGUUCACCACUUCGAGGCGUUGGCACCACCAGGCAGACAUGGUCGUCCAGUUCGCCCACUGCAUACGCGACAGGGUCCGGCAGGAUUAUGGAAUGAAGGACGUCGAAAUAUACGUCGACGUCUGGAUGUCGCUCAACGGGAGAUUCGCGCAAAGGAUGUACGACCCAACGGUGAAUAUCCUGGAGCAGCCCUGGUCGCCGUUCGUCGAAGUGCCAUGGGUGCUGCCUGUGCUCAGAAACUUCAGUGAGUGGAGGGAAAGCUUCAAGAAGGUCCGGGGCCGAGUGCAUGCUGCUUCAACGCUGACCGAUGUCGAAUUCAUCGCCGAUUUUCCAGGUUUUUCGCUCAUCAACUACAUCGGCACGAAUUUCGACAACGCAUCUCUGGAAGUUCUCAAUGGAACCGUGGCCGUCUCGUUUCCUUCGAUGAGUUCGACGCGGAUACUACAGACCGGCGAAAGCACAAACAUAUUUACCGGAGUUUACCACACAGUGACUCCCCUGAAGCACGCCCCAGCUGGCUACAUGUACGUUUUUGCGGACAAAUUCCAAGAGAACGACACUGAUUCUUCACUGCCAACCGCCACAAAGAGAGAAAUCAUCAGCAGUCGCCACUUCAAGAGAUACUUAGAGAACUGGAAAAUAAGCUUACGAAGAAUAGCAAACAUCACGACGAAGACAGUCAAGGAGAAGGUCCUCCGUAAGGCGUUAUACCUUCUGCAGUGUCUUAUGUCCAAGUGUAUGUUGUGUAAGGCUUGAAAUGCAUGACGGCAGCUUGUGCACCUCAGCAACAAAACAAUAUUACGGAUUAAACUGCUCGUAAUAAGAGAACAAUGUAUUCACCCCCGUGUUUUCAUAUUAUAUUAAUUAUGUUAUUGCUGUAUAAUUAAAGUAUAUUGCGUAGACUAUACCGGGUGUCGUCUUUUUUCUUUUUUUUUUGCUAUGAUCGUAAAGCACUUGUUGCAUUUGCAGAAGACUUCGUGGCGAGGCGUGAAUACUUUGCCGCUGUUACAGUAGCUUAGAAAAGAUUAACUAACAAAAGCUUGUUUCACUUUUUAUUAUAAGGUUGAGCGCAGUUAUUUGCAUGAAAAUGUUGUAUAAGGCGUCACAAUUUAUAGC